UGGCGCCGACAUCACGCCAUGGCGUCCGUCGCCGCAUGGCUGCCGUUCGCGCGCGCCGCCGCCAUCGGCUGGGUCCCCAUCGCCACGCACCCGCUGCCCCCGCCGCCCGUGCCCAAGGACCGCCGCCGCGCCGAGGACGAGAAGCUCCUCAUCAACGUCUCCGGCCGCCGCUUCGAGACCUGGCGGAACACCCUCGAGAAGUACCCCGACUCCCUCCUCGGCUCAUCCGAGCGGGAGUUCUUCUACGAUGAGGACAGCAGAGAGUAUUUUUUCGAUAGGGAUCCGGACAUAUUCAGGCACAUCCUCAACUACUACAGGACGGGGAAGCUGCACUACCCGAAACACGAGUGCCUCACGGGGUACGACGAGGAACUCGCGUUCUUCGGGAUCCUGCCGGACGUGAUCGGCGACUGCUGCUACGAGGACUACAGGGACCGGAAACGGGAAAAUGCGGAGCGACUCAUGGACGAUAAGCUCAGCGAGGCGGGCGACCAGAGCCUGCCGCAGCUCACUGACCUGCGACAGAAGAUGUGGCGGGCGUUCGAGAACCCGCACACCUCCACCGCCGCGCUGGUAUUCUACUACGUGACGGGCUUUUUCAUCGCCGUGUCGGUGAUGGCCAACGUGGUGGAGACGGUGCCGUGCGGCCACCGGCCGGGGCGUGCGGGGACGCUGCCGUGCGGGGAGCGAUACAAGAUCGUGUUCUUCUGCCUGGACACGGCGUGCGUGAUGAUCUUCACGGCGGAGUACCUGCUGCGGCUGUUCGCGGCGCCGGACCGCUGCAAGUUCGUGCGCUCGGUGAUGUCCAUCAUCGACGUGGUGGCGAUCCUGCCCUACUACAUCGGACUGGGGAUCACGGACAACGAUGACGUGUCGGGCGCGUUCGUGACCCUUCGAGUGUUCAGGGUGUUUCGGAUCUUCAAGUUCUCGCGGCACUCGCAGGGGCUGCGCAUCCUGGGGUACACGCUGAAGUCGUGCGCGAGUGAGCUCGGGUUCCUGGUGUUCUCGCUGGCGAUGGCGAUCAUCAUCUUCGCGACGGUGAUGUUCUACGCGGAGAAGAACGAGCAGGACACGAACUUCACGUCGAUCCCCGCGGCCUUCUGGUACACCAUCGUGACGAUGACCACGCUGGGGUACGGCGACAUGGUACCGGGUACCAUCGCGGGCAAGAUCGUGGGCGGCGUGUGCUCCCUCUCCGGAGUGCUGGUGAUCGCGCUGCCUGUGCCGGUUAUCGUCUCCAACUUCUCCAGAAUCUACCACCAGAACCAGAGGGCUGAUAAGCGGAAGGCGCAGCGGAAAGCCCGGCUCGCUCGCAUCCGCAUCGCUAAGGCAUCUUCGGGAGCAGCCUUCGUGUCCAAGAAGAAGGCUGCCGAGGCCAGGCUGGCUGCCCAGGAGUCGGGAGUGGAGCUGGAUGAUGCUGGCCGGGAUGAGGACAUCUUUGAGUUGCAGCAUCACCACUUACUCAGGUGUCUGGAGCGCACCACGGAUCGGGAGUUUGUGGAGAUCGAAAACCCGUAUAACGGGGCGGUCAAGCGACCCGGGUCCCCCUCCCCCCUCGCGUCGCCCGCACACUCGGGCCGCGCCCCGGCGCUGCUCGCCUGCUGCGCCCGCUGCGGCUGCUGCCCGCAGAAAUAUCAGGUCCUGAUAUUAGAUUCGAGUAGGAAGCGAUCGCGGGGUAACCGGCGGUAUACUGCGACGUCCAGGCCUUCGGACACGUCGGUGUCCGCCGCACCUAGCGAAGACCCCCUACCACAAGCGUGCGGUAAAUACAUUCCUGCGGGCAGCACUGUGCAAGGCAAUCAGACCGGUGUUGCAAUGGAUGGGACUUACUUAGUGGAGGCGUCUUUCUAGGAUCCGUCCACUAGCGCUCACGUCGAGAGCUAUGUGUGAACCUACCCUGUGUAUGUGACCCCGUGACAAGACAGUGUAGACAAUUACUAAUAUUAUUCUGUAAUUAACACAAUACUGCCUCAUGUUGUUAUAUCAAACUGUAUUGAGGAUUUGAAUUAUGUUAAGGACCUUAAGAUUGCUUAAGAAGAUUUGACAGCCGCCAUUUUGAGAUAGUUUUCGGCGCCAGAAACGGUAACUAGCUCGGAAGGUCACAUAUUAUACGUCAAUAUGCAAUUAAAUAA